CAGUGGACCACCAGAGGCCGGCUGGGACGGUGGUGCACGCUCCUGCCCGUCUACCGUGCCACCACGUCUGUGAGAGAGGAGACUUGGCUUCACCGCCCUGCCCGCCGUGCGACCUGAUCACGGUGUGUCAGCCAUGUUGUCGACGGUUCUCGGCUGGCUCGGGUGGCUGGCAUCCCUGGUGUUCAGCCCGGUGACCAUCGGUCUCGUGGUGCUGCUCCUGACGCUGGUAUACCGUCAUGUGACGCGCCACAAGAACUUCUGGAAGGGGAAGGGUAUCGCCAAUCUGCCGUAUCGUUUCCCCAUGGGAAACGCGGGAUUCGACUUCUACAAAACACCGUUUUAUCAGACAAACGCAAGGCUCUAUGACGAAUCAAAGAAGGCUGGAGGGUGUUUGGCCAUGAUCGACUGGAUGGGCCCUGCUCUGGCAAUCAGCGAUCAAGAAAUGAUCAAGAAUGUCAUGGUUAAGGACUUUGAAACAUUUUCAGUGAGGCAGCCAGCCUCUCUUAGUAACAGCGAGAGUGUCUUCUCGAAGAUGAUGACCAACAUGAGGGGUCAGGAAUGGAAAGAUGUCCGAAAUAUAUCCACUCCUACUUUUUCUACUGGGAAAAUCCGCAGCAUGACAACCCUUUUGGAGGAGCUUUCAAACACCCUCGCAGACCAAAUGUUCAAGGAGUCCCAGAAGGAUGGAGAGAUCAACGUCAAGGACGUGUUUGCGAGAUACACCAUGGACACAAUAGCGUCGGUAGCGUUUGGUCUGGAAGCCGACUCCAUCCGCAAUCCGGAGUCAGCGAUCGCGAAGAAAGGCGUGCUGCUGAGAAAACCUCCACCCAUGUACAAGAUCCUGAUCUUCAUGAGCGUUUCUUACCUGCCAUCCUUUAUAAGGAAGCGCUUCGAUUUCACCUCUUAUAUAUUUGGGAACAACGCCCUGGAGUUCUUUGUCGACAUCUCAAGGAGAACUAUCAAGGAGCGAGAGGAGCACCCCGAACGGCGCCGCAACGACUACCUUCAGCUGCUCAUCGACUCACGUCGGGACGACAGUCAGGCGCGCAAGCUCACCGACGACGAAAUCACGGCUCAGUGUCUUCUGUUCUUCUUCGCCGGGAACGACACCACAUCAAACGCUCUGACGUGGGCAGCGCGUGAGCUCGCUUUUCACCCAGAGGUGCAGGAACGCGUCCAGGCUGAGAUAGAUGAGGUGCUGAAGUCCGACAAGGACUCCAUCACCUUCGACAAAGUCAACAGCGGCAUGCCGUACCUUGAGUGCGUCCUGACGGAGACCCUAAGGAUGUAUCCCCUGAUGCAACUGACUCGAUGCUCGACUCGCGACUACCCCAUCCCUGGGACGGACGCAGUUCUGCCAGCAAACAGCAUUGUGUACAUGAUGCCGUACUCUAUGCAGCACGACGCAGAUCUCUACCCGAACCCGGAGUCCUUCGAUCCGGAGAGGUUCCUGUCUAACAACAAGGAGGCACGGAACUCGUACACCUACCUGCCGUUCGGUCAGGGACCGCGCAACUGCAUCGGCAUGCGGUUCGCGCUGCUGCAGGCGAAGGUGGCACUGGUGGCGCUGCUGAGGAAGUACUCGCUGGUCACGGGUCCCAAGUCCGGAGAGAUGGAGCCGGUCCUGGAUCCCGGGUUCACGCAAACCCAGGAAAAGGGUGGAACCUGGCUCAAAGUUGUCAGGCGUUAAUCGGUCUGCGCUGCACUGUUCUGCAUGCUUUCAGUGGCUAGGUCGCCCGAAGUUAGUUCUUUAGGUAAUCUGAUUUUCUUUAGAUAUUGUUGUGGAAGCUUGACGCCAUACAAAUAUGUUAUACUUUCUCCUACGCGAGAAAAACAUGACUUUAGCGGCUACAAAUGAUGGGUCUUAAGUGAUACCAAUGAUGCUGAAUGCCGGUUAUCUUGUUGUAGGUGAUGUCGCCAUCUAAUUAAUCUGUUGCAAUGUUUGAGGAAAUAUAAUAUAAAGGAAAUGAGGGAGACCA